AUGGAAGAACAGAUUGCAGCUGAAGUAGAAAGAAGAUUGAAAAAAAUGAAUCUCGGUGAACAGAAGGUAGCACAGGGACCAAUCCAAUAUCAAUCUCCAGCUCAGUCACAACAAUACAGACCUCCUCAACAACAAGUUCCCUAUCAGCAACAAUUUCAACAUCACCCGCAACAGUUCCAAUCUCAAGCACCUCAACAAUUGCAGCAACAGGUACUGAAGAAGGCAGAAUGGGAGAUAGCUAUUGAAAAGAUGGCAGCUCAAAACUCUCAAUUUCAGGAAGAAACUAGGAGCAACUUGAGAAACACAGGGGCAUCAAUCAAAAACUUAGAGAUUCAAGUGAGUCAGAUUGCCCAACAAAUGACCAACACUCAACCACAAGGCGCUCUCCCAAGUGCCACGGUUACAAAUCCCAGAGACAACAAUCAUGUGAACGCUGUAAUUACCAGAAGCAAUAAAUCCAAUGACAAACCGGAGAGAAAUUUCGAGGAUGAGGAUAUGUUGAUUGAAGUAGAUGUCGAGAUUAAAGAGAAUGAGGGUGUAAGUCAAGAAGUCAAGAGGGACGAAAGGGUAGUAAAAGAAAAAUUAGUUACACCAAAACCGGCAGUUAAACUCCCUUUUCCCACGAGAAAUAGAAAGAAAGAACAACAUGAGAAGAAUUUCGAGAAGUUCUUAGAGAUGUUCAAGAAACUUGAGCUGAACAUUCCUUUCUUAGAGGCACUUGAGCAAAUGCCCACUUAUGCGAAAUUUAUGAAGGAUAUCAUUUCAAAAAGGUCUUUCAAGAAAGCACUGAUAGACUUAGGAGCAAGUGUGAGUCUUAUGCCAUUAUCCAUUUACAAAAGAUUGGGAAUAGGUAAAGUACAAGACACACGAAUGACACUCCAGUUCGCUGACCAAUCAAUUAAAAGACCUUACGGAGUGGUAGAAGACGUGUUGGUGAAAAUCGAUAAGUUCGUAUUCCCGGUAGACUUUGUUAUUUUAGAGAUGCCCGAAGAUGAAGAGAUACCAAUCAUUUUAGGGAGACCAUUUCUAGAGACCGGGAGGUGUUUGAUCGACAUAGAGGAAGGUACAAUGACCUUGAAAGUUUAUGAUGAAGAAUUGAAGAUUGAUGUGCGAAACACUAUGAAGUACAAAGAUGAUGUUGCCACAAGUCAACACAUUGAGGUAAUUGAGCGAAUUUGUGAUGAAGAAAACUCUUUGACAAAACAUAAAUUACCCUUGGAAAGAGUUUUGAGUCUAUCAAUUUUCGAAGAAGAGGAGGUAAUUGAUGAAAAAGAUAGUGAAGUUUUAGCCAUGAUGGAAAUAUCAUUUGCCAAAGAUUCUCGCCACAACAGAUGGGAGGAUCUAAGGCAACCGUUAGUGGAAGUAAAUAAAGAUGAACCAAAGAAGGGGGCUGAACUCAAACAAUUACCGGAGAACCUCAAAUACGUCUUUUUAGACACAGAAAGUAAGUGCCCGGCUAUAAUAAGUUCUCACCUUGAAUUCCUUCAAGAAGAUAAACUUGUCAAAGUUCUGAAAAAGCAUAAAAGUGCCCUUGGAUGGUCAAUUGAAGACUUGAAAGGAAUAAGUCCAACACUUUGCAUGCACAAGAUUUUAAUGGAAGAGAAUCACAAACCGGUUGUCCAACCUCAACGACGACUGAAUCCAGCAAUGAAGGAGGUGGUUAGAAAGGAGGUGGUAAAACUUUUGGACGCCGGGAUGAUCUACCCAAUAUCUGACAGUUCAUGGGUGAGUCCAGUUCAUGUGGUGCCAAAGAAAGGUGGAACUACCGUUGUUAAGAACGAAAAAAAUGAGUUGAUUCCCACAAGGACAGUUACAAGGUGGAGAGUCUGUAUUGACUACCGAAGACUAAAUCAAGCAACAAGAAAAGAUCACUUCCCGUUGCCUUUCAUCGACCAGAUGUUAGAAAGGUUGGCGGGUCAUGACUACUAUUGUUUCCUUGAUGGUUACUCAGGGUAUAAUCAGAUAGCUGUGGCACCAGAGGAUCAAGAGAAGACCGCGUUUACAUGCCCUUUUGAAAGAUGCCAACAAACCAACUUAAUCCUAAAUUGGGAGAAGUGCCACUUCAUGGUGCGUGAAGGUAUAGUCUUGGGCCACAAAAUUUCUCAUAAGGGAAUAGAAGUUGAUCAAGCCAAGAUAGAAGUCAUUGCAAAAUUACCUCCUCCCCUGAAUGAAAAAGUUAAGGACAAAGCUUUUGAUUUUGACAAAGAAUGUGCCGCAGCAUUUGAUACAUUAAAGAAAAAAUUAGUAUCGACACCAAUUGUUGUAGCACCAGAUUGGUCUCUACCUUUUGAGAUCAUGUGUGAUGCAAGUGAUAUUGCAGUAGGGGCAGUGUUGGGACAACAAAUUCGUGACAAGAAAGGAUCUGAGAACACUGUAGCAGAUCAUUUGUCUCGAAUGUCACCAAUUGAAGAGACAGAAACCACACGCCCAAUAAAGGAUGAGUUCGCAGAUGAACAUAUCCUCGCUGUUAUUGGUAUACCUUGGUUCGCCGAUUAUGCGAAUUAUUUGGUAGGUGGUAUUAUACCUGAUGAUUUUGACUAUAACCGUAGAAAAAAGUUUUUACAUGAUUGCAGGUUCUACUUGUGGGAUGAUCCUUACUUAUACAAGAAAGGUCUCGAUGGGUUGAUUAGAAGAUGUGUACCUGAAGAGGAACAACGAGAUGUACUGAAAGCAUGCCAUGACUCAGAAUACGGAGGACAUUUCAGUGGUGAUAGAACAGCUGCAAAAGUCCUACAAUCUGGUCUAUAUUGGCCCACCAUAUUCAAAGACGCCCAAAGCAUUGUGAAAGAAUGCGACAGGUGUCAGAGAACAGGGAAUAUCUCAAAAAGAAAUCAGAUGCCUCAGAAGGGUAUUCUUGAAGUGGAGUUGUUUGAUGUGUGGGGUAUUGAUUUCAUGGGACCCUUUCCACCCUCAUGUGGAAAAAAUUACAUCCUGGUAGCGGUGGACUACGUCUCUAAAUGGGUUGAAGCAGUUGCUCUGCCUACAAAUGAUGCCAAAGUGGUGGUAACUUUCCUCAAGAACAACAUAUUCUCCAGAUUCGGUGUCCCCCGAACACUCAUAAGCGAUGAAGGUACGCAUUUCUUGAAUAAGUUGAUGGAGAAUCUGCUGAAAAAGUAUAAUGUGAAGCACAAGAUUGCAACAGCUUACCACCCUCAGACUAGUGGUCAAGUAGAGGACGGCUUUCAAAACACCCAUAGGCAUGUCACCCUACCAGUUGGUUUAUGGUAA